UUAAAUAAAUAAAAUAGAAAGAACAGAUUAUUGUGGAGAACUGAAUAAUGGGUAUUUUAGAAGAACUCCGAGCAGUCACCAGCAAACUCUUAAACCGUAAAAUUCAGAACAAACCGUCAAACACUUAUGCAUUAGAAGGUCAAUACGGUGCCGUUUCCAAAAUCGAAAGUCCAAUCACGUGUGAAGAUCCUGAUGGCCGAGAAAAGAUCGGACGGAUACUAUCUAAGCUCAGUAAAUUUGCUAUUUUCUCUGCCGUUGAUGAAUCUCUCAAAACUGUCACCGGUGGCAGUAAAAUUACGAAGGAGGGACAAAUGGACCAAUCGCCUUCACAUCUUUCCAGUAGAGCUGAGAAACAAGAUGUUACUGUUAUGAUGGAGGAAAUGCAAGCGAAGAUGGAAAAACUUCAGAAUGGCAUGAAUAACGCGAAGCAGCAAAAUGAGGUAUCAACUAAAUGUAUCACGGGGUCGGAGUCCUUUGAGUUCUCUGAUGAGCCUAUCAAGAGUUCAACGCCUUCAAAAUCUAAUAAGAAAAAGGUCUUCAUUCGCUCUCGGCUGUAAGAAAGCAGGAAAUCUUGGCUUGGGAUCUGCAAUGUUCAUCUUUCGUAGUAUAGUAGUGCUGCUUCUGUAAGAUUUUUGUGCUUUCACGCAAUCUAGUUAUAUAAUAGUACAUAAAUAAAUGUUGAAUACAAUAUGUAAUCCAUGUUUCUUGACUCUUACUGAUUGAUCAAUCAAACAUGCCCUUUUGUUGUGAAUACCAAA